UAACGCAUUAAGGCAUUUAUAUAAAAAAAAUACAGUAAACAACACGCUAAAUAAACUAUUUUCAUAAAUAUUAAGUUAUUAACUAGUCGUUAAAAAUGUCAGACGACGAAGAUGAUGUUGUAUACGUAAAAAAACAGAAAACAAUACACUACGGAUCUCUUGAAGACUCUGAAAGGGCUCGUUUGGCGGCUUUGGCAACAAAAACAGAACCGAAAGAUGAAGAAUCUGAAUCCAGUGAUGACUCCAAAAGCGAUGAUGACGAAAAGCCCCCACAAAAGGCUCCAGAGAGCUCGAGCCAAAUCCAUAUAUCAACAGAGUAUAUGGAGCUCGAAGAUAACAUGUCAAAAGAUAAAGCUGCUCUCUUAGAAGAAUUCGAAAGGAGAAGAAAAGCUAGGUCAAUAAAUGUCUCGACUGAUGAUUUAGAGGUUAAGAAAAAUCUGAGGCAGUUGGGCGAGCCUAUUUGUUUAUUCGGGGAGGGACCUGCUGAACGAAGGAGUCGGUUGAAGGAUCUUUUGUCAUGUUUAGGAGAAGAUGCAAUAAGCAAAAAAAUGGUCGAGGAGGAAGAAAGGAAGCAAUUGAAGAAAGAACAUGAAACAACUUGGUAUCACGAAGGCUCAGCUGCUUUAAAACAAGCCAGAGUUUGGUUGGCACAUUAUUCACUACCGAGAGCAAAGGCUCGUUUAGAAUCAGCCCGCAUGGAAGCAGAGCUACCAGCCCCCACAAGAACUGCACAGAGAGUCGAGCUGCAAAAGAAUUUACAAAACAUGGCCAUAAAUUGCAGUCAAGUCGGUGACGUUAGACCUAUUUCAUCUUGUAAUGUCAGCGAAGAUGGAAAGUUAUUGUUAACAGCAUCUUGGUCAGGUCAGUGUUCUGUGUGGACAAUACCAGAUUGUCAGAAGAUUCAGACGUUACGAGGACAUAAAGUUAAUGUUGGCUGUGCAGUAUUCAGGCCGAAUCAAAUUAAAGACGAAAAGGAAUGCUCGAUGGCUUCUUGUGCGACUGAUGGAACUGUUAAAUUAUGGAAUUUUUCAAGUGAGGAACCGAUAGCAGACAUUGAUGGUCACACACCGCACAGGGUGAGCCGGUUAAGAUUUCAUCCCUCGGGCAGAUUUCUGGGCACAGCCUGCUAUGAUUCUUCGUGGCGUCUGUGGGACUUAGAGAAGGGUGUCGAGGUUCUGCAUCAGGAAGGACACACCAGACCAGUGCACUGUAUAUCGUUUCAGUGUGAUGGCUCUGUCUGCGCAUCGGGUGGUCUAGAUGCCUUUGGCAGAGUUUGGGAUUUGAGAACAGGGCGUUGUAUUAUGUUUAUGGAAGGACAUUUGAAAUCUGUUUACGGAAUUGAUUUUUCACCAAACGGAUACCAUAUAGCAACAGCCAGCGAGGAUAAUACAUGCAAGAUUUGGGAUUUAAGAAAGCGUCAGCCUCUCUACACAAUACCUGCACAUACAAAUCUUUUAUCGGAUGUUUGUUACCAGAAAAAUACAGGACAGUUUUUGGUCACAGUCAGCUACGACAACACAGCCAAGAUCUGGUCGAGCAAGAGCUGGCAGCCCCUGAAGACUCUCUAUGGACACGAUGGAAAAAUAAUGUGCGUGGACAUCUCACCCGACACCAAAUACAUUGUCACCAGUUCCUACGAUAGGACAUUCAAAUUGUGGUCGACUGACUGAUAAUAGAGUAUAGACUUAUUUAUAUAU